ACCCUACGGUUCUUUGAGAGAUAAAGAGAGGAUUGCGUGUGUUUGACACCAAUACAUUUUUUUUUUAUAAUUCUUGGUUACAAUUUAUUAGUGAUGUUCUGGUUUGAUGAUUCCUUUUGCUUUUCCUCUGGUUUAAUCACUGUCUCUCCUUCCGUAAUAAUCUGACUUUCUUCUGUUCCUCUUUUCGCUGUAAUUCCCAAAAAUCUCCUCCCUUUUCAGAACCCACCAUAAAGUUUACAUUUUGACUCUCUUUUUUUUGUUUUGAAAAAGCGAUGCUUUCUUUUGUAUAAAAGACCCACUAAUCCACCUCUCUAGCUUCUCACACCAUUUCAUCUCCUUCCUCCCUCUGUCUUCCUGUUUUAUGGGUUUCUGAGAGUUUCAGAGAUCUCUUUUGUUGCGUGAACAAGUUGUCAACUUUCAGACAAACAAUUAUUUACCUGUCGGAAUACCUUUCUUUCGGUCCAAGAACAGCAAAAACCUAAUGGAGGGUUAUUCAAGAAACUGGUUUCGCGAUGACAAAGCCUCUGUUUACAACUCCGAAGAGAAGAAACUCGAGCUAAAGCUUGGCCCCCCUGGCGAAGACGGAGAUGGUUCAUCGAUGAUACGACACAUCAAGAAAGAACCAAAAGACAAAUCUAUCCUCUCUCUCGCUCGCAACCACUUCUCUUCUCCUUCCACCACCAACAAAACCACAUCUCAGAAAAGAACUGCUCCUGGUCCAGUGGUGGGUUGGCCUCCGGUUAGAUCAUUCAGGAAGAACUUGACAAAUGGAAGCUCUUCAAAGCUUGGAAAUGAGUCCACCUCCAAUGAUGUUCUCCUCAAGAACCAGAAGCGUGAUGAUGGUAAUGGCCCAGAGAAGCCAAUGCAACCAAAGAGGCAAGGAGGCUUGUUCGUGAAGAUCAACAUGCACGGUGUUCCUAUUGGUCGUAAAGGCGACCUCAGUGCUCAUAACAGCUAUCAACAGUUAUCUUUCACUGUCGACAAGCUCUUUAGAGGUCUUCUUGCAGCUCAAAGAGAAUCAUCAUCAUUUGGAGAAGAAGAGAAACCAAUCACUGGGUUGUUGGAUGGGAAUAGAGAAUAUACUCUUACUUAUGAGGACAAUGAAGGAGACAAGAUGCUUGUAGGAGAUGUCCCAUGGCAUAUGUUUGUAUCUUCGGUGAAAAGGCUGCGUGUGAUCAAAACCUCUGAGAUUUCCUCAGCAUUAACAUAUGGAAAUGGAAAGCAAGAGAAGAUGAGAAGCUGAUGAAAUAACUUUCACACUUAAAGAAGUAGAGAUGUUAUCUUUUUUUGCUUUUGCCUUUUUUCUUAACUCUGAUGAGUUUUGUGGUAUUUGAAAUGUGUUUUUGAUUCAAGUCUGAUGUACAUUCUGGUGUGCUACAUCUUCUUUUGAGAAUUUCAUAGAUGAGUUUUGUUGGAAUUCAAAACCAGACAAAUGAAAAGUAUGAUUUUGGUUA